AUGCUCAAAGCUUUUCUCUUUGGGACUACUAAAUCAAGCACAUUUACUAUUGACACAAUUGACUUAUCAGAAGACCCUUCAAGUGAUUUAAAAGAAAUUUUAAGUUAUACAUCUCCUCAAAUAUUAUGUUUAUGUAAUCUUCCAGAGAAAUUUGAAACAAAAAAUACUACAUACCAAUAUCAACUUGCCACAACACGAUCCCUGAUAUUGAGUAAAUAUCCUUUAUAUCCUGUUCAUUCUUAUAUUCCACAUAGUACAAUUUAUGGUAGACCUAUUUCACAUCCGAUUGAAUGUUUUAUCAUUCGAAUUGACCUUUCACAAAGACUCAAUCAUUUAUUAAUUUUUACAAACCUUCCAAAAAUAUUAGAUAAUGAACCUUGUCAAACAGACUUAGUUCCAGUAACACUUUCACAUAUCCUUCAUUGUGCGUAUAGAGAGGUUCAUGAAUUUAUUGUAAAUUCAAUCAGAAUUACUAAUCCUACAAAAACUGUUAUUUUAUUUACUGGUGACUUUGCUACUACUGUUACCAAUCAACCUGAACAAAAUACAAAUAUUUGUGUUAUGGAUGAAUGUGACUUAAUUGUUCAAUUUGUUAGAAAUAAAGUUAUGGAUCAAUUAAAGUGUAUUCCUUUACUUGGUAUUGGUAAAGCAUAUUUAAAAGAAUGUGGGACUUGGAUUCAAAAAUUUUGUAUGUGGAUUAGAGGUGGUGUUGAUGGAUUAACAAAAUUUUUAGAUGAAAUUGAAGUUUAUAGAGUCAAAAUGAAUUUUCCUAACUCAAUUUCAAUGACACAUUUAACAAUGUAUAAUAUUUUAACAAAGUUUCAAGCAAUAAUGCACAUUAAUAUAAAGGCAGAUGCAUUAACAGGUCUUCUCCUUAGUAAGAAAGAUGUUAUUACACUAAAAGAUUUUCAAUUUGAUUAUGAACCAUUUUAUGAUGAUGUUAUAUUAGAAGGUAAAGGAGGAAGAGCAAUGAAUAAAGACUUUAUGAUGAUGGAACGAAUUCUUGAAGCAACAUCAUUAAAUUUUCUAACAGAAAAUCCAAUUUUAACAGACAGAACUCUUCAAACAUUAAUUAUGAAUACAUUUUCACGUAAAAAUGGAACAGCAUUUCUUGCAGGUGCUCGUUGUGAUGACUUUCAAUUUCUACCAAAUCCUAACAAACAACUUCCAUAUAAAAUGAAAGGUAUUUCAGUGACUUUCACUGAAGACUUUGAAAAUUUUGCUCAUUGA